AUGGAUUCCUUUGAAUUUGACAACGUUAAGGCAGAGAAAGAGGAUGCUCUAUGGAGAUACAACAUGGAGAAGAAGCUUAGGUCCGGUUUUCAAUUUAUUGGGUUUUUGUUGGUGUUUCUUUUUAUAUCAUGGUCUUGGUUCCCCACUUUGAUUCCCGACAUCGUCCGGGUCGCCGGAGAUCUUCGCCUGCGUUUUGACAACACUCUUAAUGAGCCUCUUCCGAUCUUCAUUAUUUUAAACAUCAUCAUCCUCAUCGUUUGUGUUCUGUCUAGCCAAAAACAGACCCAGAAACAAUCCGAUAUCUACGAAGAGUACGUCGACUCUCGCCAGAGUAUUAUGCCUGCAUCCGCCGUCGAAGAUGACACCACAGUGGACAGACAAAUCGUCGCGGCGGAAAAUGCGGUUGCUGUUACCACCGGCGCGGAGGAGACCACGGCGGAGAAGCAAAUCGUCCUGGUGGAAAAUGCUGUCGCUGUUGCAGAGACAAAACGUUCCCUUUCACCACGUAAACGACAGCAACAGCAACAACAACCUUCGACGAUGAGCCUAGCACUAACAGUGACAAAGCCAAAACCUGUAAUAACUUCAACUGAAAAAGCUAAUCGAAAAGAGUACGGAAGAACACGAUCGGUGCUCUCGGAAUCUGGAAACCGACGUCCCCGCUGGCAGUUCAAAAAAUCAGAGAUGGCAAUGAUGGGCAGAGAGCUGAUGGUUUCAACUACUGAACCGUCGAGGAAAUCGCUGGAUGAGAUGAGCAACGAUGAGUUCCGAUUAAUAGUAGAUAGUUUCAUUGCUGAACGAAGGAAAAUUUUGAUCCAAGAAAACUGCAUGUCGAUCGUGGUUAAGAAUUAG